CUUUAAUGUUGAAAAACAAAAUGUGAAUAUCUCUUUGACCAAAGAAAAAGAUGAAAGAGUGACUACGCGCGUUGACACAAAGGCAUCUAGUGGCAUUCACACCGGAUAACGCAACGCGCCUAUGGUAUCAUUUGCGGACGGCGUCCAGUAAUAAAAAGACGACGACGAGAACAUCAACCAGGAACGAAGCUAUGGAGGUGAAAAGGCGGGCGGUGGAAAGUCUGGUGACGAAACUGGGUUCGGUAUCGGAGCGGGCCCGAACAGAAGCCAUCUGUGAGCUGCGAAUCGUCUCAAAGAACGACGGCGACAGUCGGCAGUUGAUCGCCGACGCCGGCGCUAUCCCUUACCUUGCGGAAUCGCUCUAUUCUUCCGACAAAGUCUGCCAAGAGAACGCUACGGCCGCCUUGCACAACCUCUCCAUCUCAUCUAAGGACGCUCUGAUAUCCACCCGCGGACUCCUUGACGCCCUCUCACACGCGCUCAGGAACCCAUCUUCCGCCUUUACUGCCCAGUGCGCCGCCGCCACCGUCUUUAGCCUCCUCACCGAGGAGAAAUUCCGGCCCAUCAUCGGCCACAAGCGGGACAUCGUCUUUGGCCUAAUCGACAUCGUGAGAAACCCUAAUUCGGCUUCUAGAUCGAUCAAGGAUGCGCUCAAAGCGCUUUUUGCCGUCGCGCUUUACCCUCUCAAUCGGUCCCUUAUAAUUGACCUAGCGGCAGUGCCUGCGCUGUUCUCCUUGCUCUGCAAAGACGGCAGACUUGGCGUUCUAGAAGAUGCCACGGCGGUGAUCGCCCAAAUAGCCGGCUGCAAGGAGAGCUGGGAGGCAUUCAGAAAGGUCUCAGGUGUCGGCGUCUUGGUGGACUUGCUGGACGACGCCACUGGAUCAAGCAAUAGAACCAAGGAAAAUGCAGUCUCUGCACUUUUGAAUUUGGUGCAGUGCAGUGGGCAAGAGGUGGCUGAGAUCAUUCGCGGAUUAGUUUUAGGCGCAGUAGGUGGAAUUAUAGAAGUUGCAGAGAAUGGAAGCGAGAAGGGGAGGAGCAAGGCAAUGUCAUUAUUAGAGAUUCUUGACGUGAGCUGCUCUGUUUUGGGAGAUGAAGAUUCUUAAUGCGAGCAGCUAGCUCUCUUCAGGAAGAUCAUAAGUUUGGAGGUGACUGUCUUAGUUAUUUAGUUUGUGUGAUAAUGAUAUAACUUGAAAAGUAAAUAUGUCCCUGGCUGUAUAGAUGAAUGGAUUGAAUUAUACCGUAUGAGGUAUGACGAUUAGUGUGUUUUUUCCAUCUGUUUGUAGCAAGUCCAGCCUAUGAUUAAGUUAUGAAGAUGAUAAUGAUGAUUGUGUUCUUAUCAUUCUUCUUGCCCCCCACACCUGUAUGUUUUGUGGCAUGGGGUGAGUUUCAUCAUAA